AUGCUGCGCCUAGACGAGGAGGUACUCGCGGCACUCGAGGGCUUUACGCUGUCUGCGGUCGAUAAGAGGAAUACCGACCUGAUCCUCGAGGAGGAGGUUGCCGCCGCGCUUGAGGAGGAGGUUGCUGGGCGCUGCAUUGUCGCUCCUUUGGAGAGCACGUGUGCCACUCGGCGGGUGGCGAGGUGUGAGGAAGCGGUGGGGAGCGAGCCUCUUGCCGACGGAUCGCACCUCGCGCAACGGAUCGAUCAGCUGGAAACGGACCUAGGUGUGUCAGGCGAGGGAAGCCUGGAAGAGCGGCUCGGCGCCAUCGAGCGCUUGAUUGAGCUGGAUGUGCCGACUGCAGACAUCCAAGGCGAGGCGUGGCCGACAGCGCCGGCGACGCAGCAAGUGCCCGACGUGCCGUAUCGACCGCCCACAUCGGCCGCGAGCUACAUGAGAAAGGGCGAGCUGUUGGUGCGGCUUCCGGAGAAGCCCUGUCGUCGGGCUGCGCGCACGAUGGAGAAGGCUGCGGCGCCUCAGGGCGGCGGUUUCGAAGGUGCCUUUCCUACGCGCCACCCCCUGAGCCGUGAUGGCGACGAGCCGCCGAUGCGGUAUGCGCGUGAGCAGAUUCUCAAAUUCGCCCGCAGUCGGCGCUCGCAUAUAUGGAGCUGCCAUCGUCGUUGA